CUCAAAGACGAAAGGAAGACCUCCUCAUCUUACGACUUAAGGACAAACUAGAACCUAUUUCUACACGGAAGAAAAGAUGUCCGCUGGAAUGGAGAAAAUGAUUUUGCUGCCUUUCCUGUGCAUCAUGCUCUCGUACCUGGCUGCAGGUCAGGAGUGCAGUGGCCAGUGCGUGUGCCCCUCCACUCCCCCUCGGUGCGCCCCUGGAGUGAGCCUGGUGCUGGACGGCUGCGGCUGCUGCAGGGUGUGCGCCAAACAGAUGGGGGAGCUGUGCACAGAGAAAGACGUCUGUGACCCCCACAAAGGGCUCGACUGCGACUUCGGAGCCCCCAUCAACAGGCGCAUAGGAGUCUGCACAGCUCGAGAUGGCGCCACCUGUGUGUUCGGAGGAAUGGUUUACAAGAGCGGAGAGACUUUCCAGAGCAGCUGCAAGUACCAGUGUACCUGUCUGGAUGGAGCUGUCGGCUGCGUUCCUCUUUGCUCCAUGGACAUCCGACUGCCCAGCCCUGACUGCCCCAUGCCCAGACGGGUGAAGGUGCCAGGGAAGUGCUGUGAGGAGUGGGAGUGCGAUUCUCCCUACAGACACAGUUUCAUGGGCUCUGUUCUACCUGGUGAGUUAGUCUUCAUACAGCAUUGUGUUUGUAUUCGUGCUGAAAUGAGCUUUAAUCAGGACGGUCUUUCUAAUCCCGUGUUUGCUCUUGUGUUAACAGCCUACAGAGAGGAGGAGACCUACGGCCCAGAUCCCUCCUUGAUGAGGGAGAACUGCCUGGUUCAGACUACUGAAUGGAGCGCCUGCUCUAAGACCUGCGGCCUUGGCAUCUCCACCAGGGUCACCAACGACAACCGCGAUUGCCGCCUUGAGAAACAGACCCGACUGUGCAUGGUGCGACCCUGCGAGUCCCAGCUGGAGCAGAGCAUCAGGAAAGGGAAAAAAUGCAUCCGCACUCCCAGACUCUCCAAGCCCAUGAAGUUCGAGAUCUCCGGCUGCACCACCACCAAGUCCUACAGGCCAAAGUUCUGCGGUGUGUGUCUGGACGGCCGCUGCUGCACCCCCCACAGGACCACCACCCUGCCCAUGGAGUUCAAAUGCCCCGAUGGUCAGGUCAUGAAGAAGCACAUGAUGUUCAUCAAGUCCUGCGCCUGCCACCACAACUGCCCCGGGGAGAACGACAUCUUCGAGUCCAUGUAUUACAAGAAGAUGAUGGGAGACAUGGCCUGAGCCACUGAGGGACGAUCAGAGCUUAUGACUUGAAGAACAAACAAAGCAGAACUCCAUCUCAUUUUGCAGCUCAGUAUAUAUGUGUUUGUCAUGUUUUAUUUUGUCAUUGUAAAAGUAGACCAGACACUUGUCUAAGUGCCUGUGUAUUCUAUGGCUGGUGCAAAUCAGCCACAUAGACUCAGACAGAGGGUUGCAUAGCAACUCCGAGAGAUUCCUGCACUAUAACUUCUACUUUUGACAAACCUGCUGCCAGGUUUUCCGCCCAUUCCCCUUGAUUUAUCUUUUACAAACCCAUCCAAUUUUUACAGUAUGCAUUUUUUUUUUUUUACCUUAUCUUAACCUUGACUCCUCUAAAAAUGAGGGGUCUGAUAACUCCCCCCACCCCCAGAGCCCCCCAGACCAGACCUGCAAACUCUAAGCAGCUGUAGAGGGAGCACGCAGACCACAGCGGGCCAGUGUUCCCCUGUCCAAACAGGUCUGAAUGUGUCCUUGUGUGUGUGCGUGCGUGUGUGUGUGUGUUUGUGUUAGCCUGAAUGUCAGCCUUGUCUGUACAGACGCUGUUCCCUCUCCUCCCAGUGUAGAGGAAAGGUCAGAGUUUCCGCCCAGCAUGUGGAUGAGAAAGCAGCAGCGUGCUGAGUUUAGGGUUAGAUAUGGAACACAGUGGGCUUUGCCACAGCACUGAGGACAAAAAAAGACACAUGUUGACUUUUAUUAUAAAAAAAAAAAAGAUAUGACUAUUACUGAUUCAGGUCAGAAGGAAGAAACCAAGUGUUUAUAGAAACUAUUUUGUCACAAAAAUAGGAGAGAAGACUGGAAGAAUUGCAAUUUCAUUCCUUUUUUAUUGUUGAUGUGUAAAUGAUGUAUAUAUGUGUACAGUUUAAGUUAAUUUAAAAGCCAAAUUUGUUCUGUGCUUCGAAAUGUAUCGAUAGUGUGUUUUGUGUCGACGGUGUUUUUCACUAUUUUAUUGAGAAGUGUGACAAAAAUGUUACAUGUUUUACUUUGUAGCUGGAAAUAAAAUGUUAUAUAUUUUUAUACAAA